AUAUUCAGAGAAGCGUUAGUUAAAAAGAUUGAAAAACUUACAGAGAAAAUAGUAUCCGAAAUAAUGGAGAGCAGCCCUCCAUGUUUCCACUUCAACAACAGAAAUUCGUGGAAAAAUAUCAAAUUUAGUGAAUCAGUUGGUCUUGAAAUGUUAGAUGGCGUUUGUAGUUCUAAUGUCAAGUUUGACUCACGGUCCUCYAUAACAAAAUUUGCUGCAAUUCUUUAUGUUAUUUCUAUUUCUCACAACCUCCUUCAAGAUAACAAAUUUGCCACAAAAAGGGAUAUCUAUUAUUCAGAUGUAGUAUUCUUUGGAUCUCAAAGCCUUGUAGAUGAGGUUGUAGACACAAUUGCUUGUAUGCUAAAAGUACCACGGYACUGCUUGCAUAUACUUGCCACAUCUAAAGGAUUAAUAGCAGGUGAUCUAAGAUACAGGGAAUAUGAUGGAACUUAUGUGGAUUGCAGAUUUCAAACAUCUGGUGUGGUUGUCUCAUCACAUGUAGAAGGGAUCAAUGAUCUUUACUCUGAUGCUAAAAUGAUUUUAGUGGUUGAGAAAGAAGCAUCCUUUCAACGUCUGAUGAAUGACAAUAUAUUAGGAAAACUCAAGCCAUGUAUURUUAUAACGGGUAAGGGAUAUCCUGAUGUGAAUACAAGACGAAUGGUGCACAAGUUAUGGCACACUCUUCAUAUUCCUGUUCUUGGUUUGAUUGAUGCUGAUCCACAUGGCGUAGAAAUCCUUAGUGUUUACAAAUAUGGUUCUAAGGCACUCAGCUUUGAUUCUCAUAAUCUCACYGUACCAGCAAUAAAAUGGCUUGGGGUCCUUCCAAGUGACAUUGAAAGGUUAUCAAUAUCUGAUCAUGUGAAAAUACCAUUGAGUAAACAAGACAGGAAAAAAUGUCAAUCACUUUUGACUAAACCUUAUAUUGAAAAUCAGCCAUCUUGGCAGAAAGAGGUUGAGCUCAUGCUGAACAAGGGUUACAAAGCUGAAAUUCAAGCGCUGUCUACCAUUUCCAGUGAUUUCCUGGCUGAGACCUACAUCACUGUCAAAAUACGCAAUGGAAGAUGGAUAUAAAGUUCACAAGUUUAGACGUUGUCAUCUUCCC